AGUUUUGUAGCACACUGAAACCUCUCUCUCACUCUCUCACCACCACCCCUUAUCCUCAGCCCUCCUCUAAAACCCUUCUCCCUCUCUCUCACUCUCUCUCUAGAAAUGGCUUCUUCAGCUACAACAGUCUUCAGACCCAUGUCAAUGUCAGAGUCAUCAUCAUGCUUAAUCACUCUUCCCUCACUCUUCACCACCACCACAAAAAACCCAUCUCGAAUUCUCUCUGUCCCAUCCAAACCCAUCAAGCUCCACCUCUCAUACUCCCACACUUCACUCUUUUCCCUCACAAACAAAACCCAGUUUUCCUCCAUAGCCACCUUUGUAGCCCAGACCUCAGACUGGGCUCAACAAGAAGAAGACAACAACACCAUCACCAUUAACCAACAAGGACAAGAAGAGCCCGUCUGGGAAAACCAAGAGACCGAUGUUUCAGGUUUUGAAGCUGAGGGAGAGGACUCAGUUAUUGAGGGUGGUGAUAAAGAUGGGGUUUUUGAGGAGAGAGAUGAAGAGGAAGAGUCUUCUGUGGAACCACCAGAAGAUGCUAAGCUAUUUGUUGGUAAUUUGCCUUAUGAUGUUGAUAGUCAGAAAUUGGCUGAGCUUUUCGAGCAGGUUGGCACUGUGGAGGUAGCUGAGGUUAUUUACAACAGAGAUACUGAUCAGAGUCGUGGGUUCGGGUUUGUGACGAUGAGUACUGUUGAAGAAGCUGAGGAGGCUGUUGAGAAGUUCAGCAGCUAUGAUUUAGGUGGAAGGCCAUUGACUGUUAACAAGGCUGCCCCUAGAGGAGCUCGGCCUGAACGCCCUCCUCGUGCAUUUGAACCUGGCUUCAGAAUUUAUGUUGGUAACUUGCCAUGGGAUGUGGAUAAUGGUCGCCUGGAGCAGAUUUUCAGCGAACAUGGCAAGGUGGAACAAGCUCGGGUAGUUUUCGACAGAGAGACUGGCCGUUCACGUGGUUUUGGCUUUGUAACAAUGUCAAGUGAGACUGAAAUGAAUGAUGCCAUUGCUGCUCUUGAUGGACAGAGUUUGGAUGGGAGGGCGAUAAGAGUGAAUGUUGCUGAAGAAAGACCAAGGCGUACCUUCUAACUUCAGCUAAUAUGAAGCCAAAGAUCUGCUGGGUCUGUUGUCUUUUUCGAUGGUGCAAUUUUAAUGUGAAAUUUUUGUCAGCUAGUUUUAAUUAAGAAUUUGGUGUUAAUUUUGUUUUAUAUAUUUUUUUGUUCAAUUGGAAAUGAUACUAAAAUCACUAUUGACCCCAUAAUAUUUUUGGGUAAUUAUCGUUUUUAUCA